AUGAGGAUAAACAAUCUUGUCGCCGACCUCAAGUCCCUGGGAGAGACGGUGGAGGAGACCCGCGUUGUGAAGAAAUUCCUUCAUGUUGUCCCCGCAAGACUCACUCCAGUUGUGGUUUCGAUCGAGAUGUUUUGCGAUCUGAAAACCAUGACAGUGGAGGAGCUCGUGGGGAGACUGCGCGCAGCGGAGGAUCGCAUGGAGGCGAAGAUGGACCCGGUCACCGACAAGAUGGGGAGAUUGCUCCUAGCAGAGGAAGAUUGGAUGGCUAAACACAAGAUCAAGCCACAAUCUCUUCUGUCCAAGGAAGGAAGCAGUGGCGGUGGCGGCGGUGGUCAGUACAAGGGCAAGUCGCCUAUGAAGCGUGAGGGGGCGGCGGCGGAUGGCGGUCAAGGCACCGUCAAGCUCACGUCGGAGGGCACUCCCGGCGGAAAGGCAGGUGCCAUGAAUCUGCGGCAUCUACGCCAUUGGGCGAAGACCGUAAGAAGCCCAAGAAGGAGAGGAAAGCCGAGAAGAAGGAGGAGGCGAACGUGGGCUGUCGUCGAUGCUCGGUAA